AACAUGAUGACACCUUUGAAGCUUGCUUUGUGUCUGUCUCAUCUGUUCUUGGGGAGUUCAGCUCAGGCGACUGAUCUGAUAUCAUCCCUGCAUAUUCGUCAAGAGAGUGGUUAUUAUCCAGCUAACGUUGGUGACAGCGUGACUUUGCGAUGCUUUUAUGAAGGCAGAGCAUUGAUGUUUUACUGGUAUAAGCAAACUCUGGGACAGAAACCGAGGCUGGUGUCUACCUUCUAUCAAAAAGGGAAAAAUACCAUCUUUCACAACGAAUUCAAGAAUAACACUCGCUUCACACUAGACGCGGCAGAUGGCAAAAAUCAUUUGAAAAUCUCGGAUUUGCACAUUUCAGAUUCAGCUACUUACUACUGCAUAAGCUUCAGUAACUUCAAGCUUGCAUUUGGGGAGGGCGCUGUCGUCAGUGUAAAGGGUUCAGGCAUGAGCAUCCAAGCUUUGGUCCAUCAGUCAGCAUCCGAGACCGUCCAGCCAGGAGGCUCUGUGACUCUCAACUGUACAGUCCACACGGGGACCUGUGAUGGAGAACACAGUGUUUACUGGUUCAGAAACUCUGAAGAAUCUCAGCCAGGACUCAUUUACACCCACGGAGACAGGAAUGAUCAGUGUGAGAGGAAACCUGACACACAAACACACACAUGUUUCUACAACUUACCAAUCAGGAGUCAGAAUCUUUCUUAUGCUGGGACCUCCGACUGUGCAGUCGCCUCAUGUGGACUCAUCCUGUUUGGAAACAAGAAACAGUUGGAUUUAAAGCAUAAGGACCCCUCACUCGCCUUGGUGUAUAUCUUGAGUGGAGCUUUGGCAUUCACCACCAUCCUGGUUGUUUUACUAACAUAUGCAACAUAUACAAUGAACAAUAGAAAGAGCUGCAAGUGCAGAGAUGCAAGAUGGUCACUUGCCUCAACUCCAAAUGCAGAAGAUUACCUAGACUCAGACAACCUCCAUUAUGCUGCUUUGAGGGAACAUAAGGUCAACAGACCGAGACGACAGGGGGACAACACACAAGCCGAAUGUGUAUACUCCGCUGUAAGGCGUUAGAGCUGGAUGUUUUUCAUAUGUACUUUGUUUCUGUGAAAGAAGAAGUACUAUUUUAAACCAUGCUAGCUUGCAAAUCUAAUGUUGGUCUGUCUGUCAGUUGGUCCCCCACUUUGGUCCAACAUCCACUAGAUAGACUGGCACAAAAUUUGCUUUCACAUAUCCACGGAGGCCAGAUGAUGAAUCCUACUGACUUCAGGGAUCCCCUGACUUUUCAUGUGCACCAUCAUCAGGUCAAACUUGUCCAAAUAUUUGGAAAAAACUGCGAAACAUCAACAUCAACAUGUUUGCAUUGCUGCUGUGAGCAUGUUAGUAUGCUGAUAUCCCAUCUGGACAUUAGCUUUUUUUUUUUAAUU